AUGGAAAUAAAAAAUUUUAAAGUGUACCCGGAUGAUAUAUGGGUAAUUUCUUAUCCCAAAUCAGGAACGACGUGGACACAGGAGAUGGUAUGGCUCAUAGAGAACAAUUUGGAUUUUGUGACAGCUAGGAGAACCUUGCAGCGCGACCGUUUCCCAUUUUUUGAGGUUAAAUGCGCCUUGCUGAGGGAUCAGAAGACGUCACAUCCUCUGCAAAUGAUCGACUGCCUGAAGCGACCACGGUUCAUCAAGAGUCACCUGCCUGUGGAUCUGCUGCCUGCUCAGCUGUGGACUGUGAAGCCGAAAAUAAUUUACGUUGUCCGUAAUCCAAAGGAUGUAGCAAUUUCUUACUACUAUCAUCAUAGGCUGAUGCACGGCUACAGAGGAAACAUCAAAACCUUUGUUGAAAUUUUUCUUUCAGGCAAUGUGGCUUAUGGUCCAUACUGGAGACACGUCCUAGACUUCUGGAAGCUAAGGGAUGAGCCUAAUGUGUUAAUUAAUUCCUUCGAAGAUAUGAAAAAGGAUAUCUGCUCUGUCAUCAACAAAAUGUCACUCUUCCUCGGUCGGACACUGAAAGAAGAUCAGGUGACGGCUUUGGCACACUAUCUGUCCUUCGAGAGCAUGAAGAACAACAGCUCAGUUAACUUUCAUAACACAGGGCCAGACAAUGAAGUCAUCGACUUUAUCCUCAGAUCAGUAACAGAUCGGAAACUUUUCCCUUUAGCACCUUUAGUCAUUCUGCAUCCACCUCGCUACCUCACUCAUCCGCCCACAGCCAUCCGGUCGGAAACAAAGGUCAUAAAGUGGAGGCGGCGGCUACACGAGCCGUUUCCACGGCAACGCCCUCGAGCCAUAAAAAUGAACGGUCCCAUCGCCUACUUGGCGCCCUCCGCCGCCGCUACCUCCGACCGCCGUCUCGUUGGUGGUCUGCCAAGCCCGGCACCUUCGGACGCGCCCUAUUUAUCGCGCUGUGAACUGGGACGGGUGGAACUCCCACAGCGGCAGUCAACGCGACCUCCAACAGGCUCCGCCUGCAGGGACUCAGCCCUCCAGGGAUGUGAUUCAGCACUGCGGGCUGUUCCAUAUGACAUUCAGUUCGCGCAGCCCCCUCCGCGCAAUGGCUAUCGUCCUAUGUUUCAUGCGCUCGUUUCUCCAAGCUUACAACAUAUUCUUCAGUCACUGUCAUUACUGUUUAUAUAUGGUAACGAGAACAAGACAUGA